GCCUACGUGACAAUGGCCACGAAUGACGUGUAUGCGGUGGGGGCCCUGGUGCUUGCCGAGACCCUCCGGCAAACCAACACCCAGCAAGACCUCGUGAUCAUGAUCACCAACGAUGUCUCUGAAGAGCUGCAGGCACUUUUGAAGGCCAGUUUCAAUGAUGUCCAAGCCGUCUCUGCCAUCGACAGCGGGGAUUAUGAGCACCUCUCCUUACUGCAACGGAGCGAACUGGGAGUAACCUUUACAAAGAUCCAGGCCUGGAGACUUGUGGAAUACCGGAAGUGCGUUUUCAUGGACGCGGAUACCUUGGUCCUUCAGAAUGUGGACGACCUUUUCAGUCGGGAUCCCUUCGCAGCCGCUCCCGAUGCCGGCUGGCCCGAUUGCUUUAAUUCCGGAAUUUUUCUGUAUCAACCAUCAUUCGAGAUGUACGGGGAUCUUCUACAAUUUGCACUAAAAAUUGGCAGCUUCGAUGGCGGCGACCAGGGCUUGCUGAAUUUAUUUUUCUCCGACUGGGCCACCAAAGACAUCAAAUACCAUCUGCCCUUCACUUACAACCUGGCCUGGCACUCCUACUAUUCUUACAAACCGGCCCUCAAGAAAUUCGGUGACGAGAUUAAGAUCGUUCACUACCUUGGAAAGCCCAAACCCUGGGAUCAUGAAUGGAAUGAAACAACACAAAGAGUCAUCUGCCAACCGUUCCAGGUCACUCAAAACAUGGAAUUGUUGCAACUAUGGUGGGAUAUUUUCAUGUCUGCGGUCCAGCCCAAACUACCGCGAACAAGUGACUUGAAGCUCAACAGACUGACCGAUCUGCGGGUGAGGAGUUUGGCUUCCCACACUGAAUUCUACCUGAGAGAGAGGCAGAGGCAGUACAACUGGGAAAGGAAUGAAAUUGAUUAUAUGGGAAACGAUCGCUUCGAGAACAUUCAAAAGAAGUUGGACGAAGUCUUGGAAGGGUAUGCCAAGAAAAAAGACACCAACGACGACGACGAUGGUAAUGAUAAUGAUACCAAGGAGAAUGUUGACGGCGCUGAUGAUAAUGAUGGCGUUGGAAGUGGCGGAAUGAAGGAUAUCUUAUCGGAUGUUAAUGAUAUCCUAGCCCACGGAAGGCUCCAGCACGGAGGUGGAAGUAGUUGGGAUUUAUUAUUAUUACUAUUAUUUUAA